AUUUCUAGAAGGAGGAGAAGGAGAGCGGAUGUUUACGUUUUUAAAGGAACUUCAAACAAGUUUAAUUUCCUCGAGAAAGUCCUAAAACAUCACGAUGUGGGUUCGUCCAGAGGAGGUUCUCAUUGCAAAUGCUUUGUGGAUCACAGAGCGGGCGAAUCCAUACUUUGCGCUUCAGAGACGCAAGGGUCACGGAGGGGGAGGAUUGACCUCUCUCGUCAUUGGAACUUUGGACUCGGUCCUGGACAACAAGUCUGCGCCUUACCGCAUCUUACACCAGACACCUCAGUCAGAGCUCUAUCAUACCAUAGCAACUGCUCUCCACAAGAAAGACAUCAUAAAACACUGGGAAUGGAUUGAACAGAAUCUCAUGGUGACUCUCGAUAACUUUGAAGCAGACGAGGAUGUGACCGAGUUUGUGAAGUGUAAGAUAGAGAGCCUGGUGGCCAACGUAGAAACGGCAACACCCACAGAGACUAAAGAAGAUGAAGAGAGCAAACGUUUCAAGGCCGCCUCUGAUAAAUGGAGACGGCUCUUCAACAUACCCGAAGACGAGAAGCUUGUCAACUAUUACUCAUGCAGUUACUGGAAGGGUCGCGUCCCUCGUCAAGGCUGGCUCUACCUCAGCGUGGACCACUUCUGUUUCUAUUCCUUCCUGAUGGGGACCGAGUCCAGACUCCAGAUCAGGUGGACUGAGGUUACUCACCUAGAGAGGAGUAACUCUAUCCUCUUCCCGGAGAGCAUCAGAGCCAAGACGAGAGAGGGGCAUUCCUACUUCUCCAUGUUCGUCCAUCCCGAGGAGACGUUCCAACUCAUGCAGCAGCUCGCUAACCUGGCCAUGAGACAGCUCCUAUCGGAGGAAGGAUUCUCAGAAGACCUCAAUCUGCCAGAUCGCUCAAAAGUCAAGAAAAAAGCCCCAAAGAAGGUUUCCUCCCUCAAGCGAGAUCUAGAUGCUCGAGCACGAACUGAAGCUUACAGGAGGGUGUUCCGUCUACCGGUAGGCGAGAAGUUGGACGGCAAUAUCCCAUGUACGCUGUGGGCCCCGUACAACAAGUCAAACAUUGGAGGUACCAUGUAUCUCUCUAGGAAUUACAUCUGUUUCGCAAGCAGGAUUAAGAACCUGGUGCAUGUGCAAAUUCCUAUGAGAGAUGUGACGGUCGUAGAGAAGGUUGAGAAUUCAUCCCUCAUCACCCAGGGACUUCAUAUAUCAACUAGAGCUAAGAUGACUUUCCUUUUUGCCCAGCUAACUGAAAGGGAUUUUCUGGUCCAGCAUAUUGCUGACUUUCUGGCAAAAACAACUGAAAAUGCAAGGCCUACGGGAGACAGCAUCUCUAUAGCCUCGUCGAACGAAGGCAGUAUGACAAUCCCACAUCGCACGACCUCUGACCCCUUGCAAAGCAUACUGGGUACAAGCUACGGUAGCAACGAGAGUGAUCCCGACCCUUCUCCUGCAUCUACUAACUACUCAUCCAUGAUGUAUUACUCUACUGUGAUAACAGACCUCAACGAUUAUGAUAAUAGUGCAUCUGGUGAAACAAGCAGCGAACCAGCCAAUCACAGCAUGGCAUUCCAGCUCCAACCUGCCUUAGUGAAGCUGUUCAAUCGACGGGGGUCAGAUGAGAUCUCGGCCAGAGAGUCGGUGAAAGAACAUCUAUGGAACAUGCACUUCAAGGAGUAUGGAAGGGGUGUAUGCAUGUAUCGUACGGUAGAGACCCAGCAUCUGAUCGUCAAGGGUCUACCUGACAGCAUACGAGGCGAGAUGUGGAUGCUAUACUCUGGAGCCAUCAAUGAGAUGGCUACCCAACCAGGCUACUACCAGUCGCUAGUUGAAAAGAGUCUGGGAAAGGAGACUAUCGCGACAGACGAGAUAGAGAGAGACCUACACAGAUCCCUACCUGAGCACCCUGCCUUCCAGUCAGAGCUAGGUAUAGCAGCCCUCAGGAGAGUUCUUACUGCCUAUGCCUACCGCAACCCUACCAUUGGUUACUGCCAAGCAAUGAACAUAGUCACAUCGGUGCUGCUCCUGUAUGCCAAUGAAGAAGAGGCCUUCUGGCUUCUCACAGCCGUAUGUGAACGGCUCCUACCAGACUACUACAACACAAGGGUCAUAGGAGCCUUAGUUGAUCAGGGUGUGUUUGAGGAAUUGACAAAGGAAACCAUGGCAGAGCUCUACAUGAAGAUGGAUGAACUAGGCAUGCUGAGUAUGAUCUCACUUUCAUGGUUCCUAACCGUCUUUCUCAGCGUGAUGCCGUUUGAGAGCGCAGUGAACAUCAUGGACUGCUUCUUCUACGACGGCGCAAAGGUCAUCUUCCAGAUUGCACUGGCGGUCCUAGACGCCAACUACGAGGCCCUGCUCGAGAGCGAGGACGAUGGCCAGGCCAUGGUCGUACUCAGCCGCUACCUGGAGAACGUGGGGAACCGGGACGCCACCAUGCCUCACGUCCAUCAUGCCUCGGUCAUCGUAGGGAACGAGGGAAAGGAUCCAACACGGGUUUCCGUUGAGGUAUCGGAGCUCAUCUACAACUCCUACUCCAAGUUUGGCUCCAUCUCCAACGAGAAGAUCGAGAAAAUGCGGUUGAACGAGAGACUGAGAGUCGUCCAGGGGCUGGAAGACACUGCCAGGAGGAGCGUCAUCAGGAGUCUGGUAUCAGAUACGGCCUUUGGAACCAAAGAGCUGGAAGAACUUUAUCUCCUCUUCAAGGAGGAGUUUCUCACAGGUAACCUUCUCUCCAACACACCCAUCAUGGACCACGCCCAGCACUUCCUCUCUCUGGUCAAGCUAGACCAAGAGAAGUACCUCACGCUCUUCCUGGCCCUGUCCCCUUGGGCUACUGGCUCCCAGGCUGAAAAGCUUGCUAUAAGGUCCUUUAGGGUUUUGGAUCCUGAUCACGACUGCCUUAUCAACUUCAGGGAUUUCUCUUGGGGCAUGGGCAUCAUGUGCCGCGGUGAGAUGCCCCACAGGCUCAGGCUUUUAUAUGAGAUGCACUUACCCCCUGCCCUAACGCCAGAAGACCUAGAGAGUCCCAGUGAAACUCAUACAGAGUGCAGUACAGUGGAAGUCCCUUCACCAGACGACUGCGAUGUUGACGUGGGCAGUGCUGAUGACGCCGACGAAGCCGUGGAUGCAGCAGAGUUCUUUGGACCGGACGCGACACCACCUACCACAUCUACUACAACUUCAUCUUCUACCGCCGUCCCAGCAACAGGAGCUGCCAAACCUCAGGAUUCUCCGCAGCAUGCCAGCCUCGGUUCCAGCCCUCGAUCACCAUCAUCAGUCACGUCUCCUUCCAAGCGUUCCAAUCCGUUCCUGACGAACCCCGACCCGACCCUGCCCCCGCCCGAUGAGGAUACCGUCUUUGAGUUCGCCAGCGAUGAUAGCAGCCUCAAGAUCAGCAGUGAAUCCGUCAAGGAGCCACAGAAACCUGUAGAGGGUUACCAGUUUUACCUCAAGAAAUGGCAGCUGGAGAAGGAGGCAGAGGAAAGAAGAAAGAGCUUCAAACAUCUACCUCGCAUGAAUCAGGAGCAAUUCAUCCAGCUCCUGAAGAGCCUCUAUGACAUGUUUGUAGACCACCCCGAGGAGCAGGAGCUCUACCGUUCCCUAGCAACCGUCGGGACACUCCUCUUUGAGCUCGGGGAGGUAGGCAAGAGAUUCUACAAGCGCAGUCAGUCGUCUCCAGCCAAGACCUGGAGUGAGCCCUCGACGUCGAGUGCUUCACUCGGAGAGGAGGUGCAUGAGAAUUGCAUUGGUGCUGCUGCGAUGGGCGGUGAAACUCAAGGUGGUGAUGGCAUGGAAAAGCCUGGGGAGGAGUCUAUUGGUGGUGUGCGUAUUGAAGAGACUGGGGAGGAGUCUAGGAGGGAAGCAGAUGAAGGUGUCGAUGGUAGUCUUGCGGCCAGGAGUUGUGUGACUGGUGGUGAUGGAGAUGGUGGUUUGACAGAUGCGAUGAAGGAUGCAUCCAUUGAAGAGCCUGUUGAUGAGUCUAGCAAUGCGGAUCCCAGUGCUGUAACUGAACACUGUGAUUUGGAUCCAGCCAUAGUGACAGCACAAUCUGACAGCACUGCCUCAGCACUACCAAGGCCAGACACACUUCCUACAGAACUGCCUAAGCUGGUGGAUAAUGAGUGGGCAAUUGCAUUUGAACAGUUCCUGGCUUCAAUGUUGAAUGAGUCAUCGUUGGUGAAGUUUUUUGAGAAACCUGUACAAGUCUCGGGACUAAUCGAGAGUUUUAGACAGCGCAAGGUUUUCCAAAGACAACUAAGUGACGUCAGCUUCAGUAGUUCUCCAUAAGCCACAGAUGACCAUUUCAUCUGUUGAAAUCUAUUUGAAAUACACAUUGAUUGAAAAAUGAAACCAUACAUUAUGACAUCAUUAUGACAUCAUGUAUAGCAACACAAUUGCUACAAGGGGCACCUGUGCAGAUUGAGAAUUGUAGCAAGCGCAACACUUACCAGAAACAUCCAAGCGAUAUCAACUUUGGUAGUUUUUCAUAAGCCAUAGAUGGCUAUAACUAUUUCAAAUACACAUCAAUUGAAAAAUGAAUCCAUAUUGCUAUCAGAUGCUCCGGUGUAUUCUUAAAGCUGUUGUAAAAUCAUUUGAUGAAGAUAAUUUAUUUAUCAAUAAUUCACUUCUAUAUCAUCUAGACAGAUUUUGGUAUAUCAUAUCAUGGCUCCACAAGUUUCCCACAUUUGAUCAUCUUUUUAGAGUAUGUCCGUGUGUACAAACUUUCCAUUGAUUGUUAUGGUAAACGUGCUUAUGUGUAAUAAGAAUCCGCAGUAAUUUAAAAUAGCAAUUUUAUAUUAGUUGGAAAAUUCGACAAAUCUUUCACAUCUACAUGUGUAAUUUGAUCUUAGAAAAUGUAUACAGUCCAAACAUAUACAUAUUGCUUUACCAUUUCAUUAGCCACUUUUCAGUUGUUUAUGCUAUAUUUUAUUCCCUUAUAUGUAUGUACAUGUAGGCCUCGUAUAUGUAUUGGCAACCAUCAGCCUCGAGAGACAAUCGAGGUUGCGCCUAUAAAGUCAGUCUGGUAGGUUUACUUUGAAUCAUCGGGCCAUCGCGUAACAUGACCUUUUGUGAUAUAAAGCGGAAGAUCAUGUGAAGAUGUAUGUGAAGGACCAGACCUUUCACAGAUUUGACGUAGGGUUUUCACAAAGCAUCGGGUAGUUUAACCAAGCCAUUUGUAGAUGAGAAGCGUUACUUUAUUUCACAAACAUUAUCCCUGACAUUUCGUGACAAAAGGGGAAUGUUUUCACAGUAGGUCGGGUAUAUAACCCCUCCUGACCCGUCGCAAUGACUUGAUGAUUACAAGUAAGCUGUCUGGUAUAUAGUUUACUUGAACCUCCUGUUGUGGAAGGUCUUGUAUAUAAUUAUUUCCUAUUGUAUUUUUAUUUGUAUUUAAGCUUUUUAGAGGAAGAAUUAUAAGGUGCUAGAGAGUUAUAUGUUUGUUCAUCCAUGGGCCAACUUAAAUAGAUCUCCAAUGUUGGCAACAUCGAGUUUGUUGAAUUAGGAUGAUUUUGAAGAAAGAAUUAAUGCCUCAUAUAUUUAAACCUACAUACUUCUCUUAUGAUCUGAUUUUUUUGUCUACUUCAAUACCAACGAAAACAACAACAAUAUAUUAUUAUUAUUCCGUCAACAAAUAAAGGCUAUUUUGACAUGACAUGGCUGCCUUUUUAUGUAUAUAAAUGUUGAAGUAAACUCCACUUUAAUACAUAUUUCAAUGAGAUGUUCGUGAAUUUAUACUUAUGAUGGUUUCAUGCAACGAUGCCCUUUUUAUUAAGGCACAAUUGUAAGUUAAUGAUGAAUUAGUGAUACACACAUACUGUGUGUAUCAGCUUGAGCAACAUUAUGAAGUAAAGUGGCCUACAGCUCAAACAUAAGUUUAUAACAUUCAGUUUACAAUUUGCAAACUCCAGCUUGAUUUAUAUACCUGGUACUACUCAUAAUUUUAUAGUUAUUUUGAUUGAGAAUAUAUAUAUUUUUGACAACUGGUACAGUAAGUCAUGUAUGGGGCGACAGAUACAAUCACCACAUAUAUUUUUUCUUCCCCCCCCCCUUUUUCUUUUAUUGGAAUCAUUCCGCCAGUCUUGUGCAAUUGUUUUCAUAGAUUUAUUUGCUGAAAUGAAUCGUGCACUUACAAUGUAGGUAUAUUUUCUAUUGAAUAUGAACAUUUUAGUUUAAGAGAUUUUAUUCCACAUUCUCCAAUCGUAUUCUAUUUACUAUGAUUUGUUAAAGUGUUUAUACAAUGUAAAUGUAGUUUGUGAAGCGAUUAACUUUUGUUUAUGGCGUGCAUGCAUGUAUA